AUGAAUCCAUCCACAUCCAUUCUCCACGUGAGAAAAUCUGGAAUUGUAUCAAGUCAUGAGAGCCUAGGGACCUGGCGCUUGGCGGUUUUGAAGGACUCGAGGGAAUCGAGGCGUGAGAGGAGGGCUUGGGCGAAGAGCUUGGGGAUUUUGUUUCUCCUUGCGUGGAAGCUGAAGUUUGAGAGGAUCGUUGAUGGGCUGUUUUGA